CAGAAAAUGUCGAAAGCCGCGGCCAAGAAGGACGACGUGAGCGUCGGCGCGUUGCGCAUCGCGCAUCGGGACAGCAGCACCGAGAUGGAAGACUUCCUCAUCGCAAGCGCCACGAACGCGCUCAAGGCGUACUACAAGGGUGAGAAGAAUCACUUUACCGAAGUCGCGCAGCAGAUCAAGAAAGAGAUCGAAGAGACCCACGACGGGAGCUGGCACGUCAUUGUCGGCAAAUCCUUUGGCUCGUUCGUGACGCACGAAGUCAAAAAGCUCCUCUACUUUUUCCUGGGCCAAAUCGGCUUUCUCAUCUUUCGCCAUGGUUAAUGG